GCCAGUGAUCGCGUCACGGACGAACGCGAAAAAGCGGAUUGCCACCGCUGGAAGCUGUAUCGAAGAUGUCGAACGUAUCUGCGAGCGUCAUCAGGCUACCGCUACCAGCGAGGACUAAAGUGCGGCCAUCCGGCCGUGCCGAUGAACGCCAAGGUGUCGUUAUCUGACGAAUCCUUGGCGACCGGUACUGUCGCAAAGUACACCUGCGAUGCCGGCUACGAACUCUUUGGGACCGGCAGCCUGACGUGCAACGCCAGAGGAAAAUGGCAGGGUGACCUACCGUUUUGCGGUACGAACGUCGGUUUCCGAAAACCAGCGAAUCAGUCGACUACCGUGAGGGGUGGGAACGCAUAUCAUGGCAACGACGGUGACUUCAGCACGGAGCACGACGGGAAAAGAUGCACAGAAACCCAGAGUGAGCCGAGUCCCUGGUGGAGGGUCGAUCUACUCAAGCCGUACUCCGUUAAGAUCGUCCGAGUGACGACACGAGGCUGCUGCGGUCAUCAGCCUCUUCAGGAUAUCGAGAUAAGAGUGGGCAACAGCAGCGCUGAAUUACAGCGCAAUCCACUGUGCGCUUGGUUCCCCGGCACUAUCGAGGAGGGUAUCACGAAGACCUUCGUCUGUGCCAGAGCACUGGUGGGCCAGUACGUGUUUCUGCAGCUCGUCGGCGUCGAGGGUAGCCUAAGCCUCUGCGAAGUGGAGGUCUUCGCUACGGAUGAAUUCUCGAUAGACAGGUGCGCGCACGCCGGCACGCCCGCCGAAGCCGACUUGACAGCUUUCAACUCCACGUGUUACGAAUUCGUGGUGAAGAAAGGCGGAUCGUUUCAAGAUGCGAGGAACUACUGCAGAGAACGCGGAGGCGACCUCGUUCACGGUUUCAAGGGCAUAUCGUCUACAUUCAUUUUGAACAACCUGGAGAGGCGGAAGGAUAAAUUGAAGACCCAGUUGGUCUGGAUCGGAGCCCAAAAGGAGCCGCAAAUCACCGCGCGAACGUGGCGAUGGGUGGACGGCGAGAUCGUGCAAAGGCCAUCUUGGGGCAAGGACCAACCGAACAACUACAACGGCGAGCAAAACUGCGUUGUGCUGGACGGAGGUCGCGGUUGGCUUUGGAAUGACGUCGGCUGCAAUCUCGACUACCUUCACUGGAUCUGCCAGAGCAGACCGCCGACUUGCGGCAGCCCCGAGAAAUCGGAGAACACCACUAUCGUGGGAAACAAAAGGUUAAUAGGUUCCACGAUAGAGUACGUCUGUCCGGAUGAUUACAUGCUGAUCGGAUCGAAGAGCAGAAUAUGCGGACCGAGCGGUUUCUGGAGCGGCGACGUGCCCACGUGCAAAUUUGUUGAUUGCGGCGCGCUACCGGAUCUGGAAAGCGGCGCUAUCACGCUGUUGGAAGGUAGGACUACGCACGGUGCUCUCGCGGAUUAUGCUUGCAAAGAAAACUACACGCUGGUAGGCGACACAAGACGAAGAUGCGGCGACGGCGGCAUCUGGAGCGGACAUCAGCCGCAAUGCUUGUUCGAUUGGUGUCCCGAGCCACCGGAAGUAAAUGGUGGCGUCGUGACGACUACCGGAAGAAGAACAGGCUCCACUGCCACUUACUCUUGUCAGAACGGAUUUAUUUUGUUCGGGGAUAAUGUCCUCACCUGCGAUAUCGGUGGUGAAUGGUCCGGCAAGGCGCCGCAAUGUCGAUUCGUUGAUUGUGGAACUCCGGCCCAAAUCGAAUUCGGCACCAUCGUUCUAAUCAACGGCACGACUACGGUGGGCAGCCUGGCUGUCUACACCUGUCAAGAGGAUCAUUGGUUGGUCGGCGAAGGGAAGCAAGCGUGCACCAAGGAGGGCAAGUGGAGUCACGGCACACCGUCGUGCGAACUAAUUACGUGUGAGGAACCUGAAGUACCCACAGGAGGCUACGUAGUAGGGUAUGAUCUGAACGUACAUAGUGCUAUUGAAUAUCACUGUGAUGUGGGCUACUUGCUUCAUGGCGAAGCAAGGCAUUCUUGCGGUAAAGACGGAGAGUGGACAGGAGAGGUGCCGAGCUGCGAGUACGUUGACUGCGGCAAGGUUCUUCCGGUUCCAAACGGCGCUGCGGAAUACGCGAACGGAACGACUCAUCUCGGCAGCGAAAUCACAUACAGUUGUACGAGAAAUUACCGACUAAACGGUGUAAUCAGGAGAUAUUGCCUGGACAACGGUCAAUGGAGCGACGCGACCCCGAAAUGCGAAGAGAUUCGUUGUCCGGAACCCGUGUUAGCGGAACACGGGAUUCUUUCGGUGACAGGAAACGAUCGGAUGUACGGAAGGACGCUGAUUCGCACUGGGACCGCGGAGAAUUCAAAUACAGGCGCGACUUCAUACAAAAUUGGAGCCCUAGCGAAAUAUAGGUGCGAGAGAGGAUACAAGGUAGUUGGAGAGCCUCUGUCCACCUGUGAGGAGAAUGGAAAAUGGAGCGGCGAAGUUCCGCAAUGUGUCUAUGUCGAUUGUGGCAAGCCCGAGCACAUUCAACAUGGACAUUACACGUUAACAUCGAACGCGACGUAUUACGGAGCAGCUGCACUUUACGAGUGCGAUGGCAAUUUCGAACUAGACGGCUUUGCCAGAAGACUGUGUCUCGAAAACGGCACUUGGAGCAGUGACACUCCGGUUUGUCGAGAAAUUCGAUGCAGAGAUCCGGAGAAAAUCGGUGUAUUAUCGACACAAGUAUCGACUCAUAGCGUAGGCGGGGUAGCGCACUACAGCUGUCCACGUGGAUUUUACAUGGAAGGGAACGAGACAAGGAUCUGUUUGCAAAAUGGAUCCUGGAGUGGUACAACACCUGCUUGCUUCUCGGUCGAUUGCAAGCAUCCCGGAUCGAUAGAGAACGGUAGAGUGAUAGUAGUGAACGGAUCGACGACUUACGGAGGAGCCGCGGAGUAUCAUUGUCUACCACAGUACGAGAGGGUCGGCAUUUUCCUGAGGAAAUGCCAGGACACGGGAUUCUGGAGCGGCGAAGAGCCAAAAUGCGAACUGGCAGCAAACGAAGUUGCAGAGGCUCAAGGUGUCGGCACCAGUGUUGGCAUCGGAGCUGGCGUCAUCAUAUUUAUAUUAAUCAUCCUCGGACUAAUCUAUCUCAGGCUACGAAAAGCUACGCCGGUGAAAAAUACCGAGAACGUUCAGGCGGCGGAGAGAAAGGAAGACCAAAAUGCCGCAGUUAUGUCUUACGCGACACUGAAUGACGGCACGCACAAUACCAUGUACGAGAACGUCCCUGAGGAUGGUCUCUAUGAUAAUCCCUACAGUUUAGGUGGUAACGCGUACAGGUAUGGAGGCCAUCCGAGAAGAAUGUACGGCAGAUCUGGGCACUACGAGGCCGAACCGGUUUCCAACAGGAACGGGAUCACUAUCAACGGAGUGUCUGUGCGAUAGCUCGAAAUUCCAUUCGACCUCGUCAGGAAUCGAGCGAUCGGAGGUGAUUGUCGUCGACCUCGAGAGAUUUGUCGUGCGAUUCCCGACGUUCUCGAGAUGGCGCUCCGUGUACAGAAAAAAACGCCGAAGAACUUGUUGUCGUUAUUUAUGUUACCGCACAUCGAGGGUGGUGACGAUUUAUGUAAAUAAUUCGCGUAGGAGCGGAGAAACCACGGACUCGCGCGUCGUGACGUCCGAAAGAGUUGCACACUGAAGAUGAUCGUCCUCUCGACGAGAUUUCAUCUCCGAGGAUCAACUACGUGUACGAUUCUGUAUAUACGGUGUAUCGAUCGUUUAGUUUCAUUACUCGUAGCCUUUAAGCGAAACGUUGUAACAUAAGUUUACGAACAAUCGUGCGAAUAAAGAGACCAAUGCUCUUGUUUUACCUUAUACCAUUGCAUCGCGUUGUCUCGCUCUGUCCUCAUAGAAUACCAGAAAUCAGGACUGCAAACUUGUGUUCUUACUUCCGUUAAUUUAAUAUCAUUUAAGUAUAAUUAAGUAUUUUAUAUGUAAUAUAUAAAAUAUU